UUUGUCUCCAGUCCAGUUGCAGAGUGGAGAGUAGAGGAGACUCUCCAACACUUUGCAGGAGCUUCUUUUUUUUUGUGCUGAGAGUCUCACCUCAUCCAGCCAGCCAGCCAGCCAGCCUGAGGAGAGGAUGAUGAGCGGAUCUGUGUCUGGGCUUCCUCUUCAUUUGGUCUGAUGUUUCCCCUCCGAGCGUCUUUUUGCAGAGAAUGCUACUUCUCGUUUUUGCGACUUUAUGUGGAGUCCUUCUCGACGCAGGAGAUGCCCUUCAGAUCCAGUGCUACCAGUGUGAGGAGAUGAAGCAAAACGACUGCUCCACGCCGGAGUACAUCGUCAACUGCACCGUCAACGUACAGGACAUGUGUCAGAAGGAGGUGCUGGUCAAACCCGAUGGAAUACAUUAUCGUAAGUCCUGCGCGUCCUCCGGGGCUUGCCUCAUCGCCUCCUCCGGCUACCAGCAGUUCUGCACCGGCAGGGUAAACUCAGUCUGCAUCUCCUGCUGCAACACGCCGCUCUGCAACGGGCCCAGGAGGAAGCGCCCCGUCAACUCGGCGGCGACGUCCAACCGGCCGCUCCUCCUCUUCUUGACCUUCUUCCUGCCGCUGCUGACGCUCCUCCAUAUGACGUAGACUGAGGAUGUCAUCAUGUCUCCGCUGUACAGUUUGUUUUCUUUAGUCUAAAACCACAGAAAAGAAGAGAAACCUCACUUUGUUGCUUUUGUUUCGGGUUCAUUUAAUUCCACACUAACUAAAUUUAGAGCUUUUAAUCUUGGCAUGUCGUAUUGUAAAGUUUAGAGGGAAAUCAAACCAGGUUGUCCUGGCAACUUCAGCUAAACAGGAUAAACCUAUUUGCACUUUUUGCUGUAAUUAACCUUCUACUGUACGGUGACCUUUUGGCUACAUGAAAAAAUAACUGCUUAUAAACUUUGCCAGGCCUCCAUUAAAGGACAGGGUUGACAUUCUGGGAAAUACGCUUAAUCACUUUCUGGUGGAGAGUUUGAUGAGAACCGCUCAUCGCUCGUUGACUUCAGGGAAGUGAAACAGAGUUGUAACGCUGUAAAGGCCCACUGCGGACGACAUGCUGGACAGUCUGCAGAGUCCUGAAGCCCCGCCCCUGCUGCUGCAGAGCAUAGUUCGCUUGUUUAUUCAAAGUUUAUUAAUAUUGAACGUGUCCUGUGCACUCAAAGCACUCCAUGGGGUCGGCAGCAAUACACCCGCCAAGUGUGAAGUCCAUCCAAUGAGCGGUUCUCGAGAUAAGCAAAGGACACACGGAACGACAGAGGUGAUUCCUUGCUUUAUUGUUAGAUUACUACAGUCUGUAACUGGUUAGCGUAGCUUAGCACAAUGACUGAAAACAGGGGGAAACAGCUAGCCUGGCUCUGUCGGAAGGUAACAAAAUUACCUGGUUGGAUGCAGUCGCCUGGCAACCAGUGAAGACUCAAAAAUAUCAUAUUUUAACCCCCAUAAAACGGCAAAUUAUUAUAUUUUGAAACUUCAGUUUUUGCAUGGAUUAAACAAAUGAGAUAUAAUAUGUUAUUUAGAGAGGUGGGAGGUGGAGUUUGUUAUCCUCAGACAUACGUAACCAUGGUAGCUGUUUCCAUCUUUGUGCUAAUAAGCAAAGCUAACUGUAUUAUUAACAUGAAAUCAAUAUUUAAUUUUUAAACAUCAUGGUUAUCGUUAAUAUCGUUAUAUCACGACACCCCUAUAAUUAACACUUUAUAUUGUAAUAAUAAAAAAAUUGUAAAAACAUCAAUUUGCCGUUUUACAGGCGGUUGAGUACUGGGCUAUUUCUUGGCUGGAUGCAGUUGCCUAGCAACCAGUGAUGACUACACUGGUCCUGACCAAACAAAUAUCAUAUUAUUAACUCCAUAAAUGUUGAAUUAUCAGCGAAUUAUCAUUUUUAAAUGUCAUUUUUUGCAUGGAUUUAACAAAUGAGAUAUGUGACGUGUUGUUAUCCUCAGACACAACCAAGCUAAGUGGCUGCUCGCUGUAUAGCCUUAUACUUAAUGGACAGAUGUGGGAGCAGAAUCAGCGUAUUUCCCAAAAUGUCUACAUGUCUUGCAUACAAUGCAUACAAUGAUAAUUUACGCACAUUUUCAUUGUCAGAGGUUCACCCUGGAGCUGUGAUACACUAAAGGAGCAGAUUUGGACACCACACUGGCUUCAUAUCCACUCAGCGUGGAGAUAAACUGUUAAUCAGAUCGAUAUAACACCGUAACCACUGAGAGUGACACUGGAAAACUGGAGAAGUGGAAGCACAUCAAGCUUUCUGAAUCAUUUUCUGCCAUGAAGGACCAUCCAGUCUGCAGUCCAGGCAUCUCUCAGUGUCCUUUACUUGUUUGUGAAGUGGAGCGUUUUGUGAGGAAGCGGUUAUUUUCUGGUUAUUACAUGCUGUAAAAGGUGCUGGUAGAAGUUAUUGUGGAAAAUGAUAUCUCUAAGCUUUUAGUUUGUGGGCUUUUGUUGAGUUAUGGUUUGAAACAGCGCUGUUGGUUUUCUUUUAAUGCUGUUGUUGCUCAGAAAACACAGAUUUUGACAGAACUGACAUUACAAACCCAAAAUAUACUUAUACUGUACAUCAUGAUGAAGCGUUCUGAGGUCUCUUGCAGCUUAAUAAUUAUCAUAUAUAUGCAUAUUUUCCACUGCCGUACAGUAUUGAUUGACAUUUACUUGGAAUAUGAAAGAUGCUGAAAUGGAUUUGGAAAGACUAUUUGCGUUAUUGCUCAUUAAUCCUCGCUCUAAAAGUCGAUUCUGUCGUACAAGAAGCUGAUUAAAUGUAUUAAUUAGACAUUAAUAUCCCACCUGGUACAAUGAUUUAUAUGACAUAGACAUAGUGCAAUAUAAGAACAAGCUAUAAGCACAAAUACAUUCUCACUAGAGAGAUGCUUCAGGGUGAUUUCAGACAUAUUUAAGUUAAUAUUCCUUUAAAAUAAUUAAACAUUUGCCCAAAUCAUAGCUAAUAUUGCAUGCAGCCAAAGCUGUAGACCAAAUACUGUAUUUUCAGAAUAAAUCUGGCUUACUGUAUGAUGUUAUUUCCAUGUCCAGAUGGACUCAUAAAGUUUUAUUUGACUGCUUUAAUUUGAUUGUUUUGUUCAAUCUGUACAGUAUUCUAUUUAUAUGUAGUGAAUGUGCUGUAGAAGACAACAAUGCAGGCAUUCUCUAACUGUAUUUUAAUGACGGUAUUAAUGAUAUAGAGCCGAGCAAAAGCAGAGCAAGAAUGUUGUAUAUUGAUAAAUAUUAUAUUUCAGAGCAUUAUUUAACUGUUCUGGACACAAAAAUAAGAGAUGCGAUAAAUGUUCAUGGCAGUUUUCUGACUGGUCUUCUGUGAAGAGUAACUCUGUAUUCUGCUGAUGUGUGAUGUAAAUAAAUGUUGCAGAAAAACUGA